AUGCUGACUUUAACACGAGCCGUUCGCUUUCCAACCCGUCUCCAGUCCACUCCUUUCAAGCUUACACGCUCAAUUACAAUUCCGAAUAGAAGAAUGGCUGGUGUUCCAACCACCUUCGCGGACCCCGUCCAUAUCGCUGUAAUCGGCGGGACAGGCCUCCAAAGCCUCCCCAACUUUACCCUCGCCGCGGUCCUCACUCCCACUACGCCGUGGGGCGCCCCCUCCUCCCCCAUCUCCAUCCUCCAACACCCCUCCCCCUCCACCGGCGCCCCUAUCCCCAUCGCCUUCCUCUCCCGCCACGGCCUCCACCACGAGAUCGCCCCCCAUGAGGUCCCCAACCGCGCCAACAUCGCCGCCCUGCGCGCCCUCGGCGUCCGCACCAUCAUCGCCUUCUCCGCCGUCGGCUCGCUGCAAGAAGAGAUCCGCCCGCGCGACUUCGUAGUCCCGGACCAGAUAAUCGACCGCACAAAGGGCAUCCGGCCCUUCACCUUCUUCGAGGGCGGGAUUGUGGGCCACGUCGGCUUCGGCGACCCCUUCGACGAGGGCCUCGCGAAGAUCGUACGGCGGUGCGGGCACAGCCUCGAGGGCGAGGGCGUGCGGCUGCACGACAAGGGGACGGUGAUCUGCAUGGAGGGCCCGCAGUUCUCGACGCGCGCGGAGAGCAACCUGUAUCGCGCGUGGGACGGCAGCGUGAUCAAUAUGAGCGCGCUGCCGGAGGCGAAGCUGGCGCGGGAGGCGGAGGUGGGGUAUCAGAUGAUUUGCAUGGCGACGGAUUAUGAUUGCUGGCAUGAUAGCGAGGAUGUGAAUGUGGAGAUGGUGAUGGGGCAUAUGAAGGCGAAUUCGGAGAAUGCGAGGAGGUUUGUGGGGGCUGUGUUGGAUGAGUUGAGUAAGGAGGAGCAUGGGGAGCAGGUGCUGGCAAUGCAUUUGGAGGGGCAGACGAAGUGGGCAGGGGGGAUUACGCAUAAGGAUGGGAGGAAGAAGGAGGCGGUUGAGAAGCUGAAUUGGCUUUUCCCGGGGUAUUUUGAUUGA